UGAUCAUCACGCUACAGCGGUUUCUUCGUCUUUCUUCCGUUUUUUUCAGGAAAGCGAUUCGUAUACUGAUUUACUUUAGUGAAAACCGGUAACUGUAUGACGGCUCUAAUCACCCCUGUACGUGCAACAAGUUUUGAGGGCCUCAUAUUCUUUGUUUACGAUCGAGAUGCCGUGAAAAAGGAAGCAGAUCCACCAGAAAAUGCAAUCGUCUACUUCUAUCCUCCAUCGGCAUCUAUUGAAGAUCGAGUCUCAGUAUGUGGACAACUUGUUGGAAUGUCACAAUUUGUUCAUGGUUUUCUUAAUGCCAGACCAGCCCUUUGUAAACUGCAGUCAGAGAAAGUGGCAACGGUUCAUUCUGGCCAAUACACCUUGGCACUUGGAGGGAGCCUCAGUGAGCCUGACUCACUAUUGAUAACCCGACUACAGACACUUCACAGUACCUUCAACUUCUACCAUGGCUCACUGGAGCGGAUCAGAAUGAUGUGUGAAAGUCAAGAGAUGUUCCUUUCUUGGAUGAAUAUGAUCUGGGACUGUUAUUUACAUUUUGUGCGUCAUUAUGGUGAUUUCCUACCAGGAGUGUUUGAUCCUUUACCAUUUGUUGAUCUGCCCAAAAGAGUUGCAGCAACUUGUUUUACAAAGGCAUCAUACUUUCUCCAGGCAUGCCAGCGCAGACAACAUGUUCUUGGAGGGUGUAUUCUCUACCGAAAUAAGAUAUUGUGCACUCAGUUGGAGCCAUCCAUAACAGAGAGGCUUCUUCUUCUUAAACCUUAUCAAAGUCAUCAUCCUUCAAGGCCUGUUAAAACUGAAUGUGCUCUUCCGUUUGGCGUUCGCAUCUUGAAUGCGUUCCUCACUUUGUCUGAAUACCUGAACCUUUACGAAGCUUUGGCCCAAUCUGCUUAUAGACAGCCGCCUUCGAGAGAAUCGUCUGGGACAUUUCCAGAUGUAUACACGACAGCCUCGUCGGCUGCUGUGAGGGAUUUGUCCUACUGGCGGAAGAAUAAUGCAGAUGAUGGUGAGCACUUGAACGACGGCUUGACUCAACUCUCGUGUGACGUUCGUGCGAAUUCAAACGGAGUACUAGAUUUUGGAUCUUCAGGAGGAGAAAGAAAAUCUACCGUAAAUUCUGCAAAAGAUCCCACGUCUGUUACACCUCUCAAUACAACAAAAAGCUCUAAGGGCAAUUCCCGAGUGACGGAUCAUGAAGACUCCACGAACCAACUUCCUAAACACGAGUCAAGUGAAACGCUUGUGGCGCAGACGAACCCUGUGGGAGAGUCUGAUGAAUCUGCACCUGCGAACGAACAAGGUUGUGGCACUAUUAUGGUAACUACGGAAGAAAGCUGUAAAACUUCAAAUGAAAUAGAGAAGGAACACAAGAAUGUGACCACCACCUCAGCUGACACAAGGGCUGGGGAAGGGAGUGCAGACUCUGAUGGGGGGAAGGUAGAGGCUGAGUUCGGAGCGACAAGCUCCGACUCGGUAUUUGACAGCAGUUCUAUUGAAAGUUCGUUAUCUGCCGAUACUAGUGUUACUAUGGAAACCGUUGACGUGGUUGGGUUAAAAGUCGUUGAAAAUCCCAAUCCUCGAUGUGAGAAGCAACAGUAUGGGGAAGAAAAGUGCACAGAGAUGCCGUGUAAUGUCUCGUCUGCGAGUGAAAAAGUAAUUGACUGUUCCAGUUCACCGUGUUGUGGAAGGCAGCAUCAUGAAGAGGAAACAGACCAAGGUGCGCUCUGUAGUUCAUCGUCUUCGUGUGAAUCGAGUUUCUCUUCAAUUAAGUCACUUUCCAAUGACGAGGUAGAUUUGUGUAAGUUAAUUUUGGACGAUCUCACAACGCAGGCUGUAGACAUAGCUCAUCAGAAAAAUUCCCAGAUGAAAGAGAAUAGUAGUAAAAGCGUUACGGAUCGUGUUGCGUGCUGUCAGUCGUGCGUUGCGUUGCAAAAAUCUUGUGACGUGUCGUGUGGUAACUCUUUUUGUCAAUCUGGACGUAAAUGCUGUGAGGAAAAAUGUAGCAAAACUCUCUCUAAUGACAAUUCCUGUUCUGUGGAGCAAACUUUGGGUAAGCACUCAGUCGCUAAUCAUCGAGAUAUUCUGGAAAUAAAUCUUCCCUCCUCUGACCAUAGUGUCUGCAACGAAGACAAUGACAGUAGGCCAUCAUAUGCUCCAGAUGUCGCUGAAAAGUCGGGUCCGACCGAUUUAAACCUCAGCAAAGAAAACAGCUCGAUAAGUGAUUUAGUCAAGACCCCGAUAAUAUGCGAUUCGUCUCCAAUUCGUAAUCUUAACAUAGGAGCUGAGAAAUUUUUGGAUAAGUCGUUCGCAUGCUUGGAUACCAGUACUGCUAAAGAUACACGAGAUUCGCGGGCCUGUGUGGAGAAAAAUGCGUCUCAACAUCCUAAUUCAGUUAAUAACGAUGUGGUGUCGGACGGACCCACUGUGGCGUUCGAAGGAAUUCAUUCUGUACCACCCAUCGACAUAGUUGAACCUGAUUCUGGGAUUUAUAUUGCUAAUGGCCUGGAGGGAACAUACUUCGCUGAUGGCACUGACUUGCCACCGAUUGACUCUGCUCUUGAAGAGGUGGAAGAUGAGGAAUCGUCUGAUUGGUUUGAACCGCCCUUGGGUGACGCGCCCUCCCCUACAGAUAGGGAAAGGGAAGAGUUACUGCCGUACGAAGAAGGAGAUGAAAUGAAUCAAGUUGAAGGCUUAACUCAUGUCAACCUGUAUGUACAAGCCCACUCUAAAGUUGUCCUCAUUCUCCUGGCCGAGGAAGGUUUGAACAAUGACUGUAAUAGCAUCAAGGCUUUGUGGGAAACAUCACUGAAUCAACUUGGUGAACUGGAGUUCUUGGUCAAAGAAUCUUUGGGAGAUGAAUCAGUUCCUGUACAGUCUGAUGAAUAUAGUUUCCUUUUGUAUGACAGCUUUGAGAGAAACAUGAAAGGCAACCUUGAUGAGCUUGUGUAUCAAGUGGACCAUUCCUUCUGUGAGACGACCAAGCUUUUGCACGAGCAGUUUGAAAAUUGUCCAACCCUGAAGGAUGUUAUACUCAGGAAUCGGUUGUCAACGAUAUAUGGUAAACGUAACCUGGGACGAGGCACGUACUUUCAUUUGAAGGGCUCAAACAGAAAUGGGCAUACAGUCCCGUUCCCUCGCGACCCGAUCUGUCAAGUCGAAAGAAGGGCCUCGAAGAUCCUUCACAAAGAGCAUGGAGUGAACGUUUUCUAGAGGCGAGGAUCUUUAUUAUGAUUGGAUUAAUCGGUCAAUUAUCGAUCAAGUCUUCAGUGUAUCAGCUUUUUGGUCGCGUACCUCCAAGGGAAAACGCCUGGCUGAGAAAGGCAGGCUUUUGUUUGCCUUUCUUCCACCUGUUGUUUCUGUUACUUAUAACAACGCAUAUUUCAUUUAAACUGACGAAAUGUUCGGAUUGUCUUAUCAUUGAUACUUUAAAAAACAAAUGUUGUCAAAUACUUUUUUUAGCUUGGAAUUCGAUUGAGGUAUCUUCCGCAACAGGUGUCCGUAGACGUAUCAUGCCUCUAAUUUCCGAAUCUACUGCCAUACUAGCUUACAACACCUUAAUACAACCUCACUUUGAUUACUGUAGCCUCGUUUGGGACGGCUUAAGUAGUAAAUUGAGAAACAAACUACAACAAUUACAGAGCCGAGCAGCUAGAGCAAUUUUAAAAGCCGAUUACGAUACUAGUUCAAACCUGCUUCUCGAAAUACUUAAACGGGACAGACUAGAAAUAAGGAGGAAGAAACAAAACAGUAUAUUGGUAGUUUUAACCGAUUUAAUAUUGUAAAUAGAUAGAUUGGGACGCUUUGUUUGACCUGAAGAUUUUUUACCGAGUUUAAAUAAAGAUACUACCUCUACUACUUGAAAUUUUCAACUCUGUAACUCUUAGAGAGGGAUUAUUGGAGGCUGGAAAUUUGUCUGGAAUUACGCUGGCCCUGAAUGAGCUCAUCUAUUUUACCGAUACAUGUAUAUCGAUCUCUGGGUGAGAGUGAGCUAAAUAAAACUUAGCUUUAUUACUUUAUCGACAAACCUAAGGAUCACUUUCGUGGACCUUUUGGCCACAACAGAUGAAAUCGAAAUGAAGGAAACAGGAAUAAUUUUUAAUUAGGUAAGCUGAUAAAUAAACACGCACCAAAAUAUUUUGUGAACGAACUAAUCAGGGAAAGAAAUGUGGGCAUGAGAUUUUUAUUGAAUUUGUAAUUAUCUGAAAGGAAUCAGUAUGCAGUUUUCUUAGCUUUGUCCAUUCGUCUCGUAGAAUAAUUCAGUUUGGACACAACAUUCUCUAUUAUGAUAACAGUGUAGGAAACAUUUGUAACAAAACUCAGCAGAGAGUCAGUGAAAAUUUGGGAAAAAAGUGUGUACGU